GUGACGGUCAUUUAUGUGUUUGUAUGUGUGUGUUAUUUGGUAUCAGCUUCACUGCUCCUGCAUUUGCUGCAUCUCUACCAUACCACAUAUCCCUGGAUCCCUGCGUGGACCAAGCAACAGCUCCUAACGACAUCGCUUUGUGGCUGUGCAUGCGGGGUGGUGUCCUUGGUGCUGGCGGUAAUCUCAGGGUGUGGGUGGCCUCGUUAUGGCCGCGUCCUCAGUGAAGGGUCCACUACAGACACCACGUCCUCCCACCACCUCCAUACUCUCCACCACAUUAAUCCCCAUGCACUAGCGGGGCCCGCAGCUGGUGUUCUACCCUCCAGAGGGCUGCGGCAGGGCUCUGGGACUUCCCUAGGCCCAUCGAGUGGGGGUCAGGGUCCCCAUGCCACUACAGCCUUCACCCCGGACAGCCUAAACGACCCUCAACCGGGACCCUCCAAAGCUCUGCCACACAACCACACUCCUGCACGUCCUCAAGUUCUGCAUGGUUUGACUCAGCAGCACGGGGUGUAGUGUCCACAGGCCAGGCUGGAAUCAAGGCCCACCACCCAACUAUUUUAUAGAGGCAGAAAUGGGGCACUGCUCCAAGGAUGAGCUUAUAUGACAAUUGGUGUGUAUGGUGCAGUGUGGGAGCCAGUGUGAGGCAGUGUGGUAGAGGACAAGGGGCCAGACUGUGACUGUUGAGGCCACCACCACCAGUUGCUCGUACUGUAUGCACGUUCACCUUGUGAUACCCAGCUAUCAUGCUCCUUGUGGGAGAACUUUGCUUGUUGUUUUUCCAAGUUUUUAGAUGAACUUUGAGACUGGAGAUGUUAUUGCCCUUUUAGAUGAAUCUUGAUACCAGAGACUUUAAACCUGUGUAUAUAGUUAGACAACUAGUUUUCUAGGAUACUGGUUUUUAUUAUUCCUAUGCCAUAUUGCUUAAUUUUUUACUAGUUGACUCAAUUUCUUCCAUUCAGAUAUUAGAUCAUUGAGUGCUGCCAUCUUGUGACUUGGACUGCACAGUGUUUGCUGUGCUGGCCAGCCAAGAAGCAAGACAUAUCCCUUACCCUGUGCGUCUGACUCACACUCACCACAACCCACCUACCAUCCCACCCUCAAGUAAUACACUCACCCACUCAUUACUUCUUCUACCUUCAUCUACAGUUGUAAUGUUCAUGUUCACACUUUUGAUAUUAUUGUUGGAUUUAUCGUUAAUAUUCUGUUGAUUUACAAUGUGAAUUUUGCCAGUAAACGUUGUCCAGAAAUACUGGAAUAUUGUCAGCGCCCUCAGGCAUGAAAAGUUUAUACGUUGUCUUAGUCAAGUCUGAGAUUGUCCGCGUCGGUUCAUACGGAUUAAGGUCAUUGUCAAGGUUGUGGAUUUGUGGUGAGGUGAUGGUCAGUUGGCCCCCUGGACACAGUGUUGUUGUUGUUGACGGCACUGUCUUGGCUGGUGACAGCACAGCGCUACCUCUGCAAAUUGUUGUGGACAUGCAGCAAGCCUCGCAAACUUUGGAACAAAUCAAUGAUCACUCAGACGGUAAUUAUUGUGCAAAUCCCAGAUGUGGGUCAAGUGUACAAUAUGACUGCAGAUAUUUUUAUGUCAGUUAAGUGAUUUUGAAUAAUCAGUCUAAUAUUCAUAGUUAGUGACACAUUGGAACACUAUUUUAAGGGAUUAAAAGCAUUACUGUAUCAUGUUUUACGGCUCAUUUUGAUAGAAGUGUUAUACUGUUGUGAGUACAGUACAGUAGUGGGCUGAUAUUGUUAACAAACCUCCACAACUAUUUAUCUCCUCAAUGUUAUCAGAACUAUAUCUAAAAUUAUUUAUAAAAAAGUUAAAAUAUAGCUUUUAUG